CAUUCUGAACCUGGUCACCUGACUCUCCUUCCUAAGGCACGAAGGUGGAGUUUGUUCAAACUGCUCUUCUCAGUCUGGCCUCAGUCUAAAACCACACCUACUGCAGCCUGAGAAGCAGGAAGUUCCUCCCACUCUCACACAUAGAAAACUGAGAGAAAACUAAACUGAAUCCUAUCAGUGAUCGUGGUAAAAUGGCUGAAGCCAGUAUCACAGGGAAUCAGAACCAAUUAAGCUGUCCUAUCUGUCUGGAUCUGCUGAAGGAUCCGGUGACUAUUCCCUGUAGACACAGUUACUGUAUGAGCUGCAUUAAGAGCUGCUGGGAUCAGGAGGAUCAUCUUGAAGUUUACAGCUGCCCCCAGUGCAGAGAGACCUUCACACCCAGACCUGUUCUGGGUAUAAACACCAUCUUGGCUGAAGUGGUGGAGAACCUGAAGAAGACAGGAAUACAAUCAACUACUCAAACUGACCAUUAUGCUGGACCUGGAGAUGUGGAGUGUGAUUUCUGUACUGGGAGAAAAUGCAGAGCAGUCAAGUUCUGCCUGGUGUGUCUGGCCUCUUACUGUGAAACUCACCUCCAGCCUCACUAUGAGUCUCCAGCUUUUAAGAAGCACAAGCUGGCUGAUCCUACUGGACAUCUGCUGGACAAGGUCUGUUCCCUCCAUGACAAACCCCUGGAGAGCUACUGCCGUACCGACAAGCAGUGCAUCUGUUUUUCCUGUGAGGCGUUUGAACACAGAGGGCAUGAUACAAUCGCAGCUGCUGCAGAAAGGGCAGACAUACAGAAAGAUAUGGGUGAAACCCAGACGGACUUUCAGCAGAGAAUUCAAGUGAGAGAGAAGGAGCUGCAGGAGCUGAGAGAGGCUGUGGAAUCGAUCACAACCUCAGCACAGUCAACAGUGGAGGUCAGUGAAAGGAUAUUCACUGAGAUGAUCCACUCCAUUGAGAGAACACGGUCUGAGGUGACAGAGCUGAUCAGAGAUCAGGAGAAGGCUGCAGUGAAUCAGGUUGAAGAAUACAUGGAGAGACUGGAGCAGGAGAUUGAUGAACUGAAGAGGAGACACUCUGAGAUGGAGCAGCUGUCACGCUUACAGGAUCACAUCCAUUUCCUCCAGAGGUUCCAGGGCAUUCCUGUGGUCCCUGAAGUACUGAUUGGACGCAGAUUCUCUUCUUUUCUACCCUGCUAUUUUUGGAAGGCAAGAAAAGUGGUUUCAGAUAUGAAGGACCAACUGGAAAAUUCUUGUACAGAUACUAAAGACACCCUCCUACCACCAUUAGUGCCCAGGACCAGAGCAGAAUUCUUACAAUAUUCCUGUUGGCUCACUCUGGACCACAACACAGCAAACAGACACCUCCGUCUGUCUGAAGAUAACAGAAUGGUGACAUGGAGGAGAGAGACACAGUCACAUCCUGAUCACGAGGAGAGGUUUGACUUAUCCUGCCAAGUGCUUUGUAGAGAGAGUCUGACUGGGCGCUGCUACUGGGAGGUUGAGUGGAGCGGGACUGUGGUUGGUAUAGCUGUCGCAUACAAAGGGAUCAACAGGAAAGUAGCAGGUGUGGCCAGUAGACUUGGAUACAAUGACAAGUCCUGGUGUUUGUCCUGCUCAGCCUUCAGUUACUCAUUCUGGCACAAUACUGUGCAAACUGCAGUAUCUGGCCCCCCCUCCUCCAGGAUAGGAGUGUACCUGGAUCACGGGGCAGGGAAUCUGUCCUUCUACAGCGUCUCUGACACAGUGACCCUCCUGCACAGGGUCCAGACCACGUUCACUGAGCCCGUCUAUCCUGGGGUUGUUCUUUACAACAGUGAAGCCAGAUUGUGAUGACUUUCUUAUUAGGCUAUUAAAUGUAUCUCAAAAAAAUAAUUGAUACUGGAAACCAUAACAACGGCUUGUGACCUGUAUGCUGUCAACUGUGAAAUUCAGGACGUACCUCCAUGUUAUCUCAGUUAUGACAUUUCUUAAUCUUUACUAAAACUUUAACUUCAGUACAAAACAAAAAGAUGAAUUCCAGACUUUGCUACAGAGAAAAGGUAACGUGACGGUCGAAAGACUGUUAUGCUCUCAGGUCCAGUCAGUCCAUCACAGAGCAGCCACUCAUAUCAUCACACACUGUGGACAAGUUACAGACACCAGUCCACCUGGAGGACAUACAUACAGGCACAGGCAGAGCAUACAAACUCCACACACACGCAGACUGGGGUGGGAGUCGAACCCACAACCCGGGGGGUGUGAAGCCACUGUGCAGCAAACUAAAACACCAAGUCACCCUAUCUACACACAUUAUUAUUAUUUUUUUCCCAGGCACGGAGUCCAGACCACAUAUACUGAGAUUCUCUAUCCUGGAUUUUCAUGAAAUUAUUACACUAGACCAGGGGUCUCCAACUCCGGUC